CCUCCACUUGCCUCUCCCUCUGCCCCAUCAAUUUUUGUUUUGUUUUUGUUUUUGUUUUUUUUUUUUUUUUUUCACCAUUCUUCCUUUUUCAUGUUCUUCCUCUGUUAUCAUGAAAUGGAAAACAGAGGAAAGAAAUGAUACUUUUUAGAAAACCCAGAAAAAGAUUUAUCUAUGGGGCAUAGAAUCUGAAGGGGCUCUGUUUUUUAAUUUAUUUUUUAAUUUUUAAUUUUUCUUUUUUCUGUUUGGGUUUUGGGAAAAUGGGUUUUGAAUGAGAAACCCAAAUCUCAGAAAGAGAUAGAGAGAGAGAGAGAGUGGGAGAAAUUGUUUUUGUGUUCUGUUUCUUUUUGAUUAUUAAUGGCAGCCUCAGCAGAGCCACCACAGGAGGUGUUUUCAUGGCUGAAAACCCUACCUUCAGCACCAGAGUACCACCCUACUCUGGCCGAGUUUCAAGAUCCGAUUUCAUACAUUUUCAAGAUCGAGAAAGAGGCUUCCAAGUAUGGAAUCUGCAAAAUCGUACCCCCUGUACCUCCAUCUCCGAGGAAGACAGCAAUGGCGAAUCUCCACAAGUCCCUCGCUGCUCGUUCCGCUUUCUCUGACUCUUCGAAUCCCAAAUCUCAGCCCACAUUCACUACCAGGCAGCAGCAGAUCGGGUUCUGCCCGAGGAAACCCCGUCCGGUCCAAAGACCCGUAUGGCAGAGCGGUGAGUACUACACGUUCUCGCAAUUUGAAACCAGGGCUAAGAAUUUCGAGAAGACCUUCCUGAAGAAAUGCACUAAAAAAGGAGGUCUUUCGCCUUUGGAAAUCGAAACCCUUUACUGGAAAGCGACGGUGGACAAACCCUUUUCGGUUGAGUACGCGAACGACAUGCCCGGGUCGGCUUUCGUGCCUGUGAGUACGAAGAAGAGUAGGGAAGCAGGAGAAGGUGUGACACUCGGUGAGACCGCGUGGAAUAUGAGGGCCGUUUCUAGGGCCAAAGGGUCUCUGUUGAGGUUCAUGAAGGAGGAGAUUCCUGGGGUUACUUCACCUAUGGUGUAUAUAGCCAUGAUGUUCAGCUGGUUUGCUUGGCAUGUUGAGGACCAUGAUUUGCAUAGCUUGAAUUAUUUGCAUAUGGGUGCUGGGAAGACUUGGUAUGGUGUGCCUAGAGAAGCUGCUGUUGCAUUUGAGGAGGUUGUCAGAGUUCAUGGCUAUGGAGGAGAGGUCAAUCCUCUUGUUACUUUUGCUAUUCUUGGUGAGAAGACUACAGUGAUGUCUCCCGAAGUAUUUAUUAGUGCAGGGAUUCCAUGCUGCAGGCUAGUACAAAACCCAGGUGAAUUUGUUGUGACAUUUCCAAGAGCCUAUCAUACUGGGUUCAGUCAUGGAUUUAAUUGUGGGGAGGCAGCUAAUAUUGCAACUCCUGAAUGGUUGGGGGUUGCUAAAGAUGCUGCUAUUCGACGAGCUUCAAUCAAUUAUCCUCCAAUGGUGUCACACUACCAACUACUAUAUGAUCUUGCUCUUGCAUUAUGUUCAAGAGUCCCUGCAAGCAUCACUGCUGAACCACGGAGUUCUAGACUAAAAGAUAAAAAGAAGGGUGAAGGAGAGACAGUGGUUAAAGAGCAAUUUGUGCAGGAUGUAAUACAUAAUAAUGACCUACUUCAUGUUCUUGGAAAAGGGUCUCCAAUUGUACUUCUUCCUCGCAGUUCUUUAGACAUUUCUGUUUGUUCGAAAUUGCGCGUCGGUUCCCAAUUAAGAGUUAACACCACUUUUCCAGUUGGUUUGUGCAAUUCUGGAGGGGAAAUGAAAUCCUCAGGAAGUUUAAUUUCUGAUGAUCUGAUGAUGAUGGACACGAAGCAGGAAAUUAAGCAAGUUAAAGGUUUCUAUUUGGUGAAGGGAAAAUUUGCCUCUUUGUGUGAGGGGAGCAGAAUUCCCUCAUUAUCUGGUAAUGAUAGUCAAUUUUCUCUGAAUGCUAAGAGCGUAGGAAUUGAAGGAGAAAAUAAUAGUGGCAAUGAUGGGUUAUCGGACCAGAGACUAUUUUCAUGUGUUACUUGUGGAAUUUUGAGCUUUUCUUGUGUUGCCAUAAUUCAGCCAAGAGAACCAGCAGCCAGAUAUCUUAUGUCAGCUGAUUGUAGCUUUUUCAAUGAUUGGGUUGUUGGUUCUGGAGUAGCCAGUGAUGUAUUCACUGUUGCUAAUGCGGAUCCAAUUGCUCAGAAUACCUGCACAGGGUUGGUGGAGAAAAAUGGCCCUGAUAGUUUGUAUGAUGUCCCUGUUCAAUCUGUUAAUGAAGAUAAAAGUAAUGAAGUAGUUUCAAAUGCUGAAAAACAUGAACCUGCUUCUGCACUUGGCUUAUUGGCUUUGAAUUAUGGAAAUUCAUCAGACUCUGAGGAUGAUCAAGUUGAUCCAAAUGUAUCAGUCUAUGGUGCUGAAACUAUUUUACCAAACCGUGCUUCAGGAAUUUAUCAGUAUGAUCAUUCUAGUUCCACUUUGCAAGAUCGUCAUGUUGAUGCAUCUGGUCUUCAAGGUCAGUCAUCAUGCAGACUGUAUUCUGGGGGUGGACUCGCUUCCCUAAAUGUUGAUCUCAAUAUGGACAACUGCACUGUUGAUGUAGAUAGUGAUAAUCUUGCUUCUACAAAAUCAAAUGGUUUGGUGGGUCAAUUUAGGGAUCCAAUGAACGUUUUACACGCUUGUUCCUCGGGUUCCUAUGAUGCUGAAACAACAAAGUUUGGCAAGGGUAUCACACCAGUGAAGAAUGCAAACAUGCCGUUUGCUCCAAGAUGUGAUGAAGAAUCUUCUAGAAUGCAUGUAUUCUGUCUUGAUCAUGCUGUAGAGGUUGAACAGCAGCUUCGUCAAAUAGGAGGAGUUGAUAUAUUACUGCUUUGUCAUCCAGACUAUCCUAAGAUUGAGGCUGAAGCAAAGGUAAUUGCAGAAGACCUGGGAAUUGGAUGUCUCUGGAAUGCUCACACAUUCAGAAAAGCUACUAAAGAGGACGAGGAGAGGAUCCAGGCAGCUCUGGAUAGUGAGGAAGCCAUCCCUAAGAAUGGGGACUGGGCUGUAAAGCUGGGGAUCAAUCUCUUUUAUAGUGCCAGCCUCAGCCGCUCACCUCUUUAUAGUAAGCAGAUGCCAUAUAAUUCUGUUAUAUACAAUGCAUUUGGCCGUAGUUCACCAGCCGUUUCGCCUACAAGAUCUGAUGGGUAUGUGAGGAGAUCUGGCAAACAGAAAAAAGUUGUGGCAGGGAAAUGGUGUGGUAAAGUCUGGAUGUCAAGUCAGGUUCAUCCCUUUCUGGCAAAAAGGGAUCCUGAAGAAGAGGAAGAUGAGGAGAGAGGCUUCCAUACUUGGCCAAUACCAGAUGAGAGGCUUGAGAGAAAACCUGAUACUAGCCGCAGAAAUGAUAGCACCAUGAUUACUAGAAAGUAUGUUAGGAAGAGGAAAAUGGCAGUAGAAAGUGGCUUAAACAAGAAAGCUAAAUGCAUUCAGAAAGAAGAUGCAGUUUCUGGUAAUUCUAUGAAUGAUGAUUCUCAUCAGCAGCAAAGGAGGCUUCCCAGAAGCAAGGAAGUAUGUAUUAAACGUGGGUCAACAAAGAAAAUCAAGUGUAUCGAGACAGAAGAAGCAGUUUCUGAUGAUUCAAUUGAUGAUAAUUCUGAUGAGCAGCAUAAAAGGACCCACAGAAGAAAUCAAGCCAACUAUAUUGAGAGAGAUGACAUAGUUUCAGAUGAUUCUUUAGGGGUUGAUUCUCAUCACCAAAACAAACAGAUUUUUAGAGGCAAGCAAGCCAAACAUACAGGAAGAGAAGAUGUGGUUUCUGAUGAUUCUCUGGAUAGUAAUUCUUGCCUGCUGAAUAGGAGAAUUCCUAGAAGCAAGCAAUCCAAAUUCUUUGGGAGAGAAGAUUCAGUUUCAGAUGACUUCUAUGGAGAUAAUGCACAGCAGCAGCAGAGGAGGAUUCAAAGCAAGCAGGCCAAGUCCAUGGAGAGAGAAGAUGAAAUUUUGGAUGAACCAGUAGAGGACAACUCUCAUCAGCAGCAUAAGAGGAUUCUUCGAAACAAACGAACAAAAUCGGCUAUUCAGCAGCAGAAAAUGAAAAGAGAGACUUCUCGCAAUGUGAAACAAGCAAUCUCUAAGCCUGUGAAACAAGGUACACGAAGGCAAGAAAAAAUGAAGCAACAGACACCACGUCUUCGGAAUAAUCCAAGUGAGCAGAACAUGUUUUAUACAAAUGCUGAAGAGGAGCUAGAAGGUGGGCCUAGCACACGCCUCAGGAAAAGAAUCCCUAAGCCCCUGAAAGUUGCUGGAGCUAAACGAAAAGAGCAGCAACAACCAAAGAGUAAGAAAAAGGUGAAGAAAGCAUCAACUGGGAAGGCUCAGGGUGGCCACAAUGAUGCCAGGGACGAGGAAGCAGAAUACUUGUGUGACUUGGAGGGAUGUACCAUGAGUUUUGGAACAAAACAAGAGCUUGUGCUGCAUAAAAGAAACGUUUGUCCAGUAAAGGGUUGUGGAAAGAAGUUCUUCUCGCAUAAGUAUCUUGUACAGCAUCGUCGUGUUCACAUGGAUGACCGUCCCCUUCGGUGCCCAUGGAAGGGCUGCAAGAUGACAUUUAAGUGGGCAUGGGCUCGGACUGAACACAUUCGAGUUCACACUGGUGCUCGGCCUUAUGUAUGUGCAGAGCCAGGCUGUGGGCAGACAUUCAGAUUUGUAUCAGAUUUCAGCCGGCACAAGCGGAAGACUGGUCAUUCAGCAAAGAAAGGUAGAUGAGGGAGGACUUGGUGGAACCGAGAGAUGUACUGUAACAUUGGCUAAUGAAUCUGUUCAAUUGACAGGAUUAGGGCUAGGUUUAAGGAUAGGUGUAGGAUUUCCCUCUAUUUGCUAUUCAGAGUUAUCACUUAAUUCUGAUUUGCCCCGAGACCUCAUUGGGCUCAUUCCUUUAUUGCAACAAAGAGCAAUUACUUUGAUCUUGAUGGCAUUCUUUCUCUAAUGGAUGUCAAAUUGUUAAUCCUGUGUAGUUGGGACUUGGAAUUAUGCUUGUUAACAGCAUUAAUCAACAUGUCAAAUAUGACCUCUUGAUGAGCAGUACCAUUCAUUCA